AUGGUCGGUUUCUCAGUGUCCCGAAAGCUAUCUCAAGCCCAGCAAACAUCACCAGAUGACCUGAAUUUCAACCAUAAGACUCGAUUCAUAAUUCUUGUCAUUGUCACGCUAUGCCUAUCGAUUGCCCAGUCGGACACCCUGACUCUAAACUUCACAAUCAUUUGCAUGUCUGGAGAGAGUGGAGGAGCACAAGUGAGCAAUCAUUCGGCACUUUCGAAUUUGGAGGAUAUGGAAAUGACACUAGUGAAUGGAUCGGGAAGUUUAAGAGAAAAUGUAGAGCAUAUGGAACAUAAAAUUGCGGAUGGACGGUACAAUUAUACACCAUCGGAGAAGAGUUUGCUGUUUUCGCUGGUUGCUGUUGGAGCAAUGGUUGCAGUGUAUCCAGUCAUGUUGUUGAUUGGGAAAUUCGGCUCCCGCUCCGUAUGCUUCUGGAUGGGAAUGCUCUCCGCAGUGACCACUGCUCUUAUCCCAUGGAUGGCCUACAUUGGAUUCUAUCCACUUUUGGUUAUGAGAUUCCUCCAAGGUGCUGGACUAUCAACCGGUUUUACUUUGAUCGGAAUCUGCACUCGUCAAUGGUCCAUGCAAGUUCAAAACGCGCUUUAUAUUGCAGUUUUGACCACUUUCUUCCAGAUCGGUCCCAUUUUUACGAUGCCAGUCGCUGGAGCCCUUUGCACGUCUUCCCUUGGAUGGCCAGCUGUGUAUUAUAUCCACGCAGUUGUCACUUUUGGACUCUUCGUUCUUUUUUACUUCUUCUAUAGAGAGAAUCCAGUCCGUCAUGCCUUCGUCAGCACUAAGGAAUUGGAGAAAAUCCAGAGGGACAAAGGAGAUGGAAAGAGAGAGGCCGUUCCACUCAAAGCAAUCCUUACCGAUCCAGUCAUCUAUUCCAUUUGGGUUUCAGCCAUUGGAAAUUUUAUGGGCAUUCAGCUGACAAUGCAAUUCUCACCAACCUAUCUCAACAAAGUCAUGGGAUUCCCAAUUGAGCAAACUGGAACAUUCAGUGCGAUUCCACAAAUUGUCACAUUCUUCUUGAAGAUUAUUGCUGGAUAUGCAGCUGAUAAGGCAAGAUGUUGUACUCCACAAACGUCGGUGAAGAUCUACAAUAAUUUGGCGUUGGGUGGAAUGAGUCUUUCCUUCCUUGGUCUUGCUGUUAUACCAACUUCUGAACCUGUCCUCGGACUGUGCAUGCUCAUUUUCUCGUGCUCGAUUAUUGGAUUCAAUUGUGGAGCCUUCUUUAGAAGCUCGGCUAUUUAUGCGGCCCAACACAAUCACUUCAUCAUGGGUGUCAACUCAUUCCUCAACUGUCUCGCCUCCCUCAUCGCUCCCGUAAUCGUCAAAAUUUUUGUCACAAAUGACACAUGGGACGAGUGGUGGUGGGUGUGGAUGGUCUAUUUCGUCGCACUUUUCAUCUUCAACAUCGUCUUCCAAAUCUGGGGUAAAGGUGUUCCAGCCGAGUGGACCAAACCAGGUUACGGUAACAAAAAUGCGGUUGGAGACGUUGUUCCAUCAGUGCCGAAGGCUACAAAUGGAGUGGCGGUGGAACAUGAUGGAAGAGUUUAA